GGUGGUGGGAGGCACAAGAGGAACCCCGAACUGGGACAGUAGGAGAGAGGGAGCCCGCGGAGACCCUCCUGGAAUGGGAUGACCCCAAGUUUGACUUCAGACACGCACACACAGUCACACUUAACGAUGCAAUGAUGUAGCCUGACAUCAUCCUCCUCCACAGCCUGCUAUCCAAUCGGAUUGGGCCGACAUGGGCAGACGGGCGGCUGACCCGACCACUCCCGUGCCGGUGCUCGGAGUGCCCGCCCUGGUUGGCGUGCGAGGAUGGCGAACGGCGGCGGCGGGGGGCGAGCGGCCCGGGCCCAUGGCCCAGCUGACGUGGGGUCAGUGCAGCAUUGGGGUGCAGACGUCCCCCGCCAUCCGCCUCCUUAAAUCACAGCUGGAGUCCGCCCACCCAGACGCACACGCCGGCCAACCAAAGAGCAGCAGGGCACCCCGACUAGCCAAUGGGAGUGGCCCGCACGAGGAGAUGACUGAGGAGGAGUACAAACAGGGGGUGCUCAAAACCAACAAAGGGGCCUCACUAAAACACAGGGGGAACGAGGCCAAGUGCAGAAAGGGAGUGACUUUCGAAGAGCCGUUGAAUGACUCUGGUAAUAAUGUGAUGGCUAGAGUGCCCCACAGAGAGGUGCAGUGCUAUGCAACGGCAAUCAGGACAAACCCGCACCUGCCAGGUGGAACUGUGGGUGUGCGCGCUCUCGGGAAACGGGAGCAGAGAUACACCAAUGGCAGCGUGGUGGACUCGGAGCUCAUCGGCGGGAUCUGCAGCGAAGGGGAGGGCGACUCGGCUCCCGAGCAGCCACCGCCCAGGACGAGGGAGCCCGCCGUGGUGCAUGCUGGGCAAAGGAGGACACCGCCUGGCCCGCCGCCCAGCAGGGCCCCUCCUCGGAUCUGUCGGCAGUGUGGGGGGAGGCAGGCGGCGUCACCUCAGGUCAACCUCAACCCAGUGACCUCCCCCACGCUACUGUCCCCCACUGAGAGGGAGAUGUGGAGCCCUCUGGCCGCCCCUUCCCCAGGCAUCAGCUCAGCGCCACCGGGGCAGAUAAGCAGGGAGCUCACGUACCCAAUCGUGCACCACGACCCCACCCCCACGCACCUCCCCCUGCACCCCAUCAUUAAGAUCAACAGGGACGGCAGGCCCGACGCCCAGGUCACACGGCCGGCCGUGCUUGAGCAGGAGACUCGAGUGACCAGGGUGUACCCCAUCUUCGCCCCUCAGAGGGACCCCCCGCCUGCGUACGCCCCGCCCGCCUGCCCUGUCCGCGCCGUCUCGCCACCCUCCUGCGCCUCGCCUCCGCUCAAACAAAUGAUGACGGUCACCGUCACCCAGGAGACGAGGGCUAGCUUCACCCCCCGUCGCAGUCUGCCGCUCGCCCGGGCACCGUGCCCGGCCCGGCCCAGCACCCUCAUGCUCCCGACCCUCGCCAACGGGCACGCGUCCACCUCUGAGAGUGGCGGCGCCGGCGGAGACAUCGCACUCACCACCAGCAAACCUCAGCAGACAAUCGCUUUAACUGACCCGCGGGCGAGCGGGCACGCGAGCCCUCCACGGACCCUGCAGUCGACCGCCGCUACUGGCUCCAAAUGCACGGCCAGCCAGCAGACGGACGCAGAGCCGGUCACCAGCAAAGUGCCACCCGCAGUGUGCAGCAACACACACCCCAAGAUCAGCGGCAAGCUUCACACACACAGCGACGCCCAGACUUCCACUCUGCCACUCGCGGGGUCGUCCACCGCACAUCAAAACUCCUCGCGUCCCCACUGCACCCGGGAUAAGAAACUUCCAUGCACCCCUUAUGUAAAACGAAAAGUUGGCUCCAUCUCCAAAAACUCUGCUCACUGUCCACCUUCCAACGAUACCAAAAUGAAGCUUGUCCCAGAAAUCUGCCCCUCUCAAGAUAACACAGGGCCAAGUGUGAAGACACACAGUGAAAAUGAACAACCCAGUGCAGCUUGCAAAAUUGCUAGUAGACAAAGCAUCCCUGUGAAGGACCCUUUGAUCCCGAGAUCCGUCGAUGCGUCUCCAGCAAUUCCUCUGACACACCCUGGCAUCCUUUCCGUGCCUGUCACACUGAAUGGGACAAACACUGACUUCAAACACAGCACAAGUACUUGCAAGUACAUCCACGCCCACUGCAAACCCUCUCCCCGGCCAGAAACAUGCCACAAGCCCAUCCUCAAGGCAAAAGGUCUGCCCAGGCACCUCUCUGCCACCCACCGCAGCCACCACGAACCAGCCACCACCGCCACCGGCAACCACCGCCAACGCCUCCGCCAGAGGCCGUCACACCGCUAG